CAACAGCUUCUUCCACCAAUAUCUAUAGCUAGCUAGAGAGAGUGUUGAGUGAGAGAGGAACUAGAAAGAGAAACACAAAAUGGCGAGGUUCGAGAAUGUUCCUUUACUGUUAGGGUUAGCUCUGGCUCUAACUCUGGUUGGAGCUCCGACCAAAGCCGCCGGACCUGUUUGCGGUGUAGGUGUGCCUGAAAUACCAUUUAGCAGAGCAAACUUCCCUAAGAACUUCAUUUGGGGAACGGCAACCGCAGCGUUUCAGGUUGAAGGAGCUGUUGAUGAAGGUUGCAGAGGUCCAAGCAUGUGGGAUACUUUCAUUAAGAAAUACCCACAUAGAUGUGCAAAUCAUACCGCUGAUACUGCCGUGGAUUUCUACCAUCGUUACAAGGAAGAUAUCCAGUUGAUGAAAGACCUUAACACUGAUGGUUUUAGACUUUCUAUUGCGUGGCCCAGAAUAUUUCCCCAUGGAAGGAUGUCUAAAGGAAUAAGCAAAGUAGGAGUCCAAUUCUACCACGACCUCAUUGAUGAGCUUCUCAAAAACAAUAUAACACCACUAGUAACAGUCUUUCACUGGGAUACUCCUCAAGACUUAGAAGACGAAUAUGGUGGUUUCUUAAGUAGUCGCAUUGUUCAAGAUUUUACGGAAUAUGCGAAUUUUACUUUCCACGAAUACGGCCACAAAGUGAAGCAUUGGAUUACAUUCAACGAGCCAUGGGUGUUUAGCCGUGCCGGUUAUGACGUUGGGAAAAAAGCUCCUGGACGUUGUUCACCAUACAUUAAAGAAUAUGGACCGCAAUGCGAAGAUGGACGUUCAGGAUUCGAAGCUUAUCAAGUCAGUCACAAUUUACUCUUGGCUCAUGCUGAUGCUGUUCAAGCUUUCAGACAAUGCAAACAGUGUGUUGGAGGUAAAAUUGGAAUUGCACACAGUCCAGCUUGGUUCGAACCAGAAGACCUUGAUAUGAUUGGUGCUCCCAUUGAAGUUGUACUUGAUUUCAUCCUGGGAUGGCAUUUGGCUCCAACAACUUAUGGAGAUUAUCCACAAUCGAUGAAAGAUCGCAUCGGUCAUAGAUUGCCAAAAUUUACAGCAGCUGAGAAGAAAAAGCUGAAAAGAUCUACAGAUUUUGUAGGAAUGAAUUAUUAUACUUCAAUAUUUGCUGGUCGUAUUGAUAAUCCAGAUCCUAAGACCCCAAGUUGGGAGACUGAUUCUCUUGUUCAAUGGAAGGAGAAGACUGUGGAUGGAUACGGACUUAGCAAGCCUGCUGGUGGUAAAAUGGGUGUGUACGCAAAAGGCAUGAGAUAUCUUUUGAAAUAUAUUAAGGAGCAGUAUGAAGACCCAGAAAUUAUUAUCACCGAAAAUGGAUACGGAGAGGACCUUAAAGAGCAUCACAAUGACAUAAAAAAGGGGACAGAAGAUAUCAACCGAAAAUAUUAUCUCCAAAGACAUCUCUUGAGUUUGCACGAUGCCAUUUGCGACGAUAAAGUGAACGUCACGGGAUAUUUUGUAUGGUCUUUGAUGGACAACUUUGAGUGGCAAGAUGGGUAUAAUUCGCGGUUCGGUCUUUAUUUCAUCGACUUCAAAAACAAUUUGACCCGUCACCAAAAAGAAUCGGGGAAAUGGUAUUCUAAUUUCCUCAAGCCGGGAUAUAAUCUAAAGAAUGACGAACUCUAGAUCAAGAAUCCAAAUCUUGAAUCUUAUUUGGACAAUUAAUUUUGUUGCAAGAGUCUUGGUUUGAGGAUCAAUAUCAGUUUGUGUGUCUAUGAAUCAUGUUUGUCGUUUUUAUCUAUGGUUUCUUCCUAUUUUAGCAAAAGUUGUGAGUUGUUUAAGUUGUUAAUUAUCGUAUUAAUAAAAUGUUGUUUACCAC